GAAAAAAGACGGAUUGGGUCAGGGAAUAUGAUACAGAGGAUACAUAAGUCACGCAGAUGAUAGAGACACGUGUGUGUAUAUCUGUAGAACUUGCUCGUUUGAUUGCUAUUUCUAUCGCCAAUACUGCCUAGGUAUACGAGCAAACUUGAGCAUUAUCUGGGGAAGACACAGGGAGAGGAGGGAGACGUCUGCAAACGACUGAUUGCUAUUGACUAACUCAACCAGAUAGACCCCUUGCCACGAGUAAGUGGAGUGAAGAUCUCAAAGAUUAAAAGAUCUUGCAUUGCAUUCACAACCCCACUCUUUCGUUCAUCCUACACGGUGGCACCUUAUUAAACCUUGAUAAUCUCAUCCGAGCUUAAUACAUACAUACACACAUACAUAGCAUUGUUCAAACGGGUGUUCGCUUCCCCCCCCAUCUAGCUUCCAAUCCUCGAGUAUCACUAUUCGCUUCAAUCGUCAUGGCUACCCCUAACCCCCUUGAGAAUGCCUCUCCGCUUGUAUCUAUAUCAGAAAAAACCUUUCACAUCGCUGGUAUCCUAACAACCGUUUAUGGCCUCGAGGAACUAUCCCCAUCAUGUACAUCCAUAUCAUGUCUCUGGCUUCUCCAUCCACGACUCCAAACCAAGAAAAUCAUGGAAAAUGUAGCUUCCACGUGUAUUCAAGAAUGGAAUCAACAUUCGGGUUCUGAUCGAACGGUUGGUUUGAUCGCCGUUGCUUUUGACCAAAGAAACCACGGAAGCAGAGAAGUCAAUUCUUUAGCAAAUGAAUCGUGGAGAGAUGGUAAUGAAACUCAUGCUCAAGAUAUGUUCAGUAUAUUUCAUGGCACGGCAAUGGAUACAAGUCUCCUGAUAGAUCAUUUGCCUUCCUAUGUCUUCAAUACCAAAGAUUCCCCUUCCAUCGACCAACAUCUUGUCUUGGGUAUUUCUCUUGGAGGGCAUUCAGCUUGGCAAGUUUUGUUCGCAGAUCCUCGAGUCACCGCUGGUGUUGUGAUUAUUGGAUGUCCUGAUUACUUGCGAAUAAUGACCGACCGAGCACGUCUCUCCAAACGUCCCACCUACACCUCCACCUCACCCCCAGGCAUCUCCUUCCCAGGUAGCAAAGACUUUCCGCCCGCCCUCAUUUCCAGUCUCCAAAAAUGGGACCCCGCCUCCAUGCUCUUCGGAACAUCUCCCAUUCCCUCCACCUCCCCACCAUCCCCUCAAGCCCAAUCCCUCUACACACCCAUCCUCGCCCAAAAACUCACCCGCAAACGCAUCCUCGUCUGUUCCGGCGGCGACGAUAAACUAGUCCCCUACCAUUGUUCUGCGCCCUUUUUGGACUUUUUAAAAAAUGCCACCGAUGCGCAGACAGGGUGGUGGAAGGAAGGCGCCUUGUUCCUGGACGACCGAGUCUAUCCCGGGGUAGGCCACGCGUUUAGUAAGGAUAUGCUCGGUGAUACGGUGAAGUUUGUAAACGAGACUUUGGCUGAAAAAGUGGGAGAGGUAGCUACGGGUAGUCAGGCGAAAAUUUAGUUUCAAAGGGGGGAGAAGGGGAGGUUUACGCUAUACCGUAGGAGUUUGUAGAUGCUCUCCUUUGAAAUUCAUACCAAUUUUGCUAGCACUUCUCUUUUUGUCAAGCCUUUUACUACUUCGUCUCGCACAUCAUUACAUACUAGGUAUUAAAGCCACAAUUUUAUUUCCCAACAUUCAAGAGGAUAGUUGUACAUGUCUAAGUAUAAGUAAUUCUCAUUCAUGUUCAGCCUUUUUAGAAACACUCUAAAUUAAAUCCA